GUGGGAUCGUAAUGGCCGUUAGAUUACCCGCAAAAUACAAACACUGUUUUGUUGGCGUUUUUAUAUACUCCAAUGCAUGUCUAGCUUAUGACUAAAUAAUAGGUAAGGGGAGAAUCAGACAAUAUCCUAGUGUAAAGAAGUGGUUAAGGGUCAAAUUUGUUGAAUUGAAGAUGAAUUCCAGCUGGAGAUCCGAACAAGAAGACCCCACUGUUGUCAGCGCCAGACAUGUAUUUCGUGGGAUUGAAUAUGUUGUCACUCUCAUGAUCGACAACAUCAAGGAGAUGUUUGUCCUUGAGGUUGAAGAUAGGCUUACUUCUGAUCAAUGGAGAGGACAGUUCGAUGCUAAAUGUAAGUACAUGCCUGGUAGAAAAUAAAUGAAAAUUCGAAUGUGUUUACUUAAUUAAAGUCAGAUCAUUUUAUUUGUUGUAGUUGAAAAUAAUUAACAGGGCUAAAAUUAUUUUAACGUCGUGAAGUUCUCGAUAAGCUCUGUCUACUUUUCAUUAUCAUUAACCGGAAACGGUGAGCUUAUAGAAUUGGCCGUGUAUUUCAUUCCAUAAUCGUGUAUAACAUAAUAAUACUCCUUGAGUAUGGCAGCGUUGCCUGGGACCCAUAUAACCCGAUAUUUUGGCAAUAUCUGCAACAUAGAAAAAGAAAACAUGUGACAAGACUGGGCCACUUUAGACUUCUGACAAUCUGCCAUUUCUCUUUAAAUCAUCAAGUUCUUAUCCUAGCCAGCGUUUUUGCAAACAAUGGGUUUACGGUCAAGUCGCCCGAUUGGCCCGAAAGUCAUCUCGCCCAAAGUUAUGUCACCCAAAAUCAGAGUUGUGUCGCGCAAAAUUUUUGGUCAAGUUGCCUGAAAUACUGACUUAUCAUGCUCAACAGCAUCCUUGCAUCCUUAUUACAUAUUUAUUGUGCCUCUUUCAUCUCAUCGAAGAUUAAAGAAUGAGAUAUAGUAGUCAUUUAUCGCACUUGUUUUGUUGUUCAUCAAGGGUUAAAGAGGGAGAUAUAUAUUACACAUUUAUACCGCUUCUUUCACCUCAUCGUCGCUGAAAGAACGAGGCAUGUUAUACAUUCAUUCCUCUUGUUUCAUCUCCUGAUGGUUUAAAGAAUGGGACACAUUAAAAAACACACCCCGUUUAUUUAACAAAAAUUAACUUUGUUUCUCUUUGCACUUCUCGUGAUAAAAUUCGGGUGACUUUACUUGGCAUUUCGGGUGACAUAACUAUGGUUUCAGGCAACAUAACUUUGGGCGAGAUGACUUUCAGGCAACUUGACCUUAUGACAUUAAAAGGGUUUGGAACAAAAUAAGAAAAGACUUUGAAUUCUUAAGUAGUAAACAAACCCUCUGACAACCUAGAAACAGAGUAGCUGAGUGGUCAGUUUUACAGGUGAUGGCAGAUUAUUGAUAGGUCUGUGGUAAGUCUGGUGUGACCUAGUAAGAAAUAAAAGUCAGAAGUCGAUUUAAUAAAACUUUUACAAGUGUAGCCGUUGUUUUAGACUCUAAAAACAAUAGCUACACUUGUAAAAGUUUUAAUAAAUUGACCCCAGGUCCAUCAGAACUAACUUAUUCUCUCUUAAUUUCACGAGUAUUGAAUUUCGUGAAAAAUCAUGGGCCAUAUUUCACGAGUAUUUAAUUUCGCAAUUUUUAGGAAAAGCUAGAAUUGGAGUGUAUGAAAUUUUGUGAUUUUUCUAUUCUUUAAAUUACAAUGUAUGUAAAGUAACUUUAACCUCAGAACAGUAACAACCUAAUUAAUACUUUUAUCGUAUAUUAUACAACAGAAAACAAAGACAAUUACAAACAAAACAAGCUAAACAUAAAAAAGCAUAAGGUUUUCAACAGUCUAAAUAGGUACCUGCAAAUAGUCACAUAGUAAAUAUUUUACAUUCUGAUAAACUUUGUUCUUAUAAUGUUCUGUCAGAUAUGAUUCUUUCCAUAUUAGAUCUUUACAUCCCUUAUACUUCUAUGUCUGGUAUUAAAGGUGAUGAUUUUAAUCUUGUGAGUGUUAGAUUUCAUGAGUAUUUAAUUUUGCAAUUUUUCCCAAAUCUUAAAAAUCACAAAUUUAAUACUUGCGAAAUUAAGUGAGAAUAAGGUCGCAAGCAGUGAUCACAUGUAAGGCUUUUAAGCUAAGCAUUCAAGGACGUCUUUCUUAAAAAGAACAGUUAGAAACUGCUGUAGAUGUCUAGACUGCUUGCAUUCCACCUUUUCUCUUAGAUCCAUCUUGAGUUCUUAGACAGUUCGUAGGGACAAAAAACACUUUUAGCCAAUAAAGGACUGGGAUGAGACAAGAAAAACAGAACAAAAGAGUCAGCAGUCUGUCUCCUCCGGGGCUUACACCCUCGUUUCUCAUAGCUUCCCCACUGUAAAUUUGAAGAGAAUAGGAGACUACUCACAGUCUAGUAAAUGUCCGUAGUGGAAAGGAAGUCAUGGCAAACUUACAGGAUUUGUAAAAGGUGUAAUUUUUCAGCUGUUUGUUUUCUAUUUAUGUAAAAUGUCUCCACUGAAGAAGGAUGAUAAACCCGAAACAUUUGUGUUUCUUUGAAAACAUUUGACACUUUUUGACAUUUCUUUCCAAAUAUCACCUUAUCAGCUAUUGGCGUUUUACUUAAACUGGCUGAUUCACAAACCCACUUUUAAAACAGUCAGUUGGUUUUAACCAUUGCAAUUAAAAAAAAAAAAUGUUUAACUUUUUCAGACCGAUCAUUUGGCAUUGUCCCCAGAAAGAAGAAAGAUCAACUUUUGGUAAACACAAAAGCAGUUUGCUUUUGAAAAAUUUUGUUAGCACAAGCUGAAAGAGCAUAUUGAAAUUAGGUAACCUGAGAAUUUUCAUCCGUAUAUUUCAAAAGUAGUGAUUGCAAGCGCUGCCGAAAGUCAUAAAAGCCACCCAGUAGUGCUUGCAUGGUUUUACAUACAAAUCCUUGUAAAUUCUAAACUUUUUAAACUGUCGUGUCAUCUUUUUCUUACGCAUUUAAGGGCUCAAAUUGUCUGUUUUGAAUUAAAAGGAGACUUGAGCCCUGUAAUGCUUAAGGAUAUAUUUUAUGACAGUUUUAAAAAAUUUAAUUUCAAAGUUACAAGGAUUUGUAUGGAAAACCAUUCAAGCGUGACUGUAUGGCAAAAGUUGUUUUUCUCAUACUAAUGCUUCUAACUUUCGGCGGUCAUUGCAAUCGCUACUUUUGAGAUAUACGGCUGAAAGUUCUCAGGUUACCAAUUAAUUUUUUAAUAUGCUCUUUCAGCUUGUGCUAACAAAAUUUUUCAAAAGUGAACUGUUUUCAUGUUUACCGAAAGUUGAUCAUGCGAUCAAGUCAUGCAAAGAGCCUAUUAAUUUAGAAAACAUGCCAAAACACUUUCAUUUUAGAAACAUUGUCAUACAAAAGUAGAUAAAUAACAAGCUUCAGUUUGUAUUUAGCUAUGACUGAUAUUAAACUUGGUGGCUCUUAAAAGAGCCGUUGGCUUGUUACCCUUAGUGUGCUAAAUAAAACUAAAAACAAUAAUAUUAAGUUUAAGAAAUAAAGGCAGCUGGUAAUGAAACUAAGUUUAAAACCAUUUUAACCUUAAUUUCAUUUUGAUCUACUACAUAUUACGUGGCAAUUUGCUUUCAACAGGCCAUUUCUGAGUUGCACAAAGCCCCUGUUUCAUAGUGAGGCUACACAAGAAGCCAUUGAUAUAAAACUUUUAACUCAUCACAAGAAAAGUUUUGCACUUGGUCUUGUUUUGAAAGUUAGGAUUAUUGGAACUCUGAAAUGGCCUAUUUUCACCGUUUUACUUAUUAUGUUACAUGCACCUCACCUGAAGACAAUAGCCACCAACAAAGUUGUCCAAAUGAUGGCCAUUUUAUACAAUUUAGGGCUCACACUAUUUUGUAAUAAAUUUUAGCAAUAACAUUGCUUUGAUCUGUUUGUCCAGUGCACAUGACUGUGGUUGUGACUUUAAUCAAUACAGAUAUUGAGGAUCUAACUCACAAAACUGGAAAUUUCAAGCAGUUUACAGUGUUCAUCAGCAUGCUUGAAAGUGCACUGUCUAAGGUAAGCUGUUUUGUUCCUGAUAAAACAAUAACUAGGGUACAGUUACUUUUUUCACCCUCUUGAGAUUACAUUGUACAUUUUGCGAUGGUUGAAGUCCAAGAGCUAUUUUUGCUACUUCAUUGCAUGGUGGCAGCAUUAUUCUCAUAUACUUCUAUUCUCACAGAACAGUAAUUCAGUAUCAGUGGACCUUUUGACCUAUGGAGACCUUGAAUCACUACGCAAUCAACAUCACAGGCCUGGGUUUGGAACACAGCAUAUUCCUGGUGCUAAAACAAGAUCACAACUGAACUCAAAGAGAUACCUUAUCAUGACAUAUACUGUUGAGUUUGACAGGUGAACAACAAUUCCCUUUGAUAUAUUUGGUAAUAAACAGUAAAAUUUUAUGUCUUUGGGUAGAUUUCCACCGUCGGGUAAUUUUUAAGUUUGUAUGCAUGUAAAAUUUUACAGGCUUAAAUAAAAUAGGGGCAAUUUACAUUGUAUGGAAUGUCGUGUGUAAUGGUAAAAGUUCAGCAAGUUUUAAUUUUUUCAUUUAUGUGCAACCUUCCAUACUUUGCUUCUAAUUUAAGCUUAUUUAUGCGUGAAAUUUUACAUGCGUAAACACAUGAAAAUUAUGCAACAGGGGAAAUCCACCCUUAGGUAAUAAACAGUAUUUUGCCCACAUAAACAUUUUUCAGGGCUAGAAUGCUUACCAUGAUAAUGAUACGAGGAGAUGUCAGUCAGUGUUGAGAUAAAUUUGCUUUCAGUCCCAAAAGAAGGGCAUUCCAAAUGAAAGGCCUUGAACUGCUUUGUAAAUAAAACACUAGCUGUUUUUAAUUCCAAACUAAUGAGACCCAACUUUUUGGGCCUUUUUUGUUUAUUUUUUGAAUUUUUAAUAUUUUUGGAAUUUCAUUCCAUCCAAUAUCUCUUGUAUUUUUACAUUUUCUGAUUAAGAAUAAUCCACACACUGAAAGAUAUGGGGAAAAUUGUGGCUAAGUAAUAUUAAUUUAAUUCAAUCAAAAUUAUUUUAGCUUAAAAAACAAGUUUGCAACAAAUACACAUGGCUCGUACAAUCUUGAAAAGGUACUGAAUUUUACUAUUCGUCUUGAAAAGUCCUUGAAUUUGGUUUAGAUCCUUGAAAAGUACUUGAUUUCUUUAUUAGGCCUUGAAAAGUCCUUGAAAUUCACAACCUUGUCUACACCAGACAACUUUUUUCUGUAAAAUUAGAUUAUUUUGCCGAUGCAAAGUUGGCUUAUCCUCGGUCUUAGAACCUGUAAAACUCACGGGUAACAUAAAGACAUCUUUCUGCAUGAACAAUAUUUUAUUUCUGUUUCUUUAUUUCAAAUGCUAUUUCUGUACCUCAGAUGCAAUUGCAAAUCAUACCCAGUCAUUUUGCAAAGUUUUUUUGCAGAAAGUAGUAUAAAAUAACGUGAUCGACGAUGGCCAAAGAAGUAAAAGUCAUAAAUGACUUCAUGACAUGUAGCCAAAUUAUAGGGUGAUCAAAGGGGGUUAAAGAGUGCCGAUUUAUUAAAUAAAUGUUAGUCCUUGAAAACAGUAAUUUGUCCUUGAAAAGUCCUUUAAAUUUGCUUGUCUUAUGUUGUGCGAGCCAUGAAUACACAUGUUACACUGUACAUGUAUAUUACUGUGAAACUUUCAAGGUGUAAAUGCCAGAGAUAUUUCUGUAAUGUUACUGCUCUGCAAGGAAAAAGCCAGUCAGUUGAAUCAGGCAUGAUAAAACUACAAAAUAAUUAGUUUGAAGGAUCAACAGCAAUUAGUUUAAGGGCUUUUGUGCUCUAUUCACAACACUCAUAAUGAUAAGCAAAGUUGAAAUACAUGUACACCUAAUUAACAGCUUUAACGUGGCUAGUCAAAUGGUUUCACCUGCAAUUGGCUUAACCCCUGAUAAUAAAUUCCGAUUUCGCAUGGAAAUCAUUGAUUCUUGCUCAGUUUUCACCUGAACCAGGCAGGGGUGAACUCUUUGGUCUUUAUACACCCCUUGCAAUUUUCUCAUGGUGAAACUGGCAGCUGAAGUCCAAUCUCAGUUCUUGAUGCUCAAGCUGAGCAACCGGCACAAUAUCAAGAGCUGGAGGUAUAUCUCUUCAUUGGAAAAGGCUAUUUGAAGAGACUUGUAGCAGGCGUCUGGUCUAUGACUAGAGAGACACCGGAGGCUCUCUUUUAGCAAAGUUGCCAAUUUAAUCGGCGGUGGCUAGUCGGUGAACUGGCAAAUAAGGCAUCUAGUCUAUGACUAGAGAAAUGCUGCGCAGACUCACUUUAUUUGUAUUAAUUCCUUCUGCUUUAGUGGUCAUUGGAUGUUUACAAAGGGCUGAAGUGAGGUUGCCGAUUAAUCAGCGGUGGCUUGUUGGUAAACUGGUGGAUAAGACAUCUAGUCUAUGACUAGAGAAACUCCACAGGCUCUCUUUAUUUGUAGUAAUUCCUUCAGCUCAAGUCGCCAUUGGAUGUUUACAAACAGCUGAAGCGAGGUUGCCUAUUUAAUUGGCGGUGACUAGUUGACAAACUGGCGGUUAACGCAUCUGGUCUUUGAUUAUUAAUAGCUAUUUGUAUCUAUUUAUAGCUUUGGCUCAAGCAGUUGUUGGAUACGUUGGAAUGUUUACAAAGGGCUGAGGCAAGUUUGCCAAUUUAAACGGUGGUGGCUAGUUGGAAAACUGGUGUUUUAGGGUGUAGUCUUUGACUAGAGAAACUCUGCGGGCACGCUUUAUUUGUAUUAAUUCCUUCGGCUUGAGUGGUUGUUGGAUGUUUUCAAAGGGUGGAAGUUAGGUUGUCAAAUUGUCACUGGGUUGUUGGUAAACUGGCGGCAUGCAUGUAGUUUAUAAGUAGAGGAAUGCCACAUGCUUGUUUUACAACAUGUAUUUAAGGUAUUAAUUCCUUCAGCUAAGGUAAUCCUUGUCUGAUUGCUUUGGAUGUUUACAAAGGCUAGGAUUCAAUCGGCAGUAGAAUAGACAUAGGCAUCUAUAACUAGAGGGGAUGCUGUAGGCUCGCUUAAUUAGCUUUUUCUACCCGGAACAAUCAGUAAUCGGAGGGUGAAAAUUUCUGGUAAGUGACCGUUGUUAGCACUAUAAGCCAGUGGCUGACAGUGGAGCGAGAACUAGCUCCUUUUCUCAUGAUCCUAUGGUAACUGCAAAUUUAUUGUUGGCUUACUGUGUGUGAUGUUUUGAAAGACGGAAAGAAACACUCUCUUUUUAAUAUUCACAAACUGCGUUCAGAGCGCAAACAGUCGAAGCAGUUGGUGGAGGUUGUUGUUAAUGUAUCACCUGAGCACUUAGUUGAGCACUUAUAAAGCACGCCCACUAUCACAAAAAGUAUCGAGUCUGCAUAGCAUGUAGUGCUGAUCAGGUUGGUUAUGCACCUUUGGGGGGUAAAGACCAUAGCAGGCAAAAGUAGACAAGUGAAAUCAUAAGGAGACUCAUGUGAGAGAAAAUAGAGGUGGUGAAAAGGUACGUUCUUCAAGCCUUUUUUGUUGGAGGUGUGGCUAUUGUUACAGGAUGGGCCAUUUUGUAUAGACUGUAUACCUUUACCUUGCUCUAUUAGAAAGUCUGAGCAACACAAAGCAUCCUCAAAACCUGACAAGUGAAUAAUGUUAUUUAACAAGUGAAAAUUAAUGGGUGUCUAGUAUUUUGUCAGGUCUAAGUGUCAAAAAAUGAGAGGAGAGAUGAUAUACCUGACAAUAACGAACAACCAAUCCUGUUUAUUCAGCUCCAUAUACAUGUAUUGUGUACUGCUUUUUGUCCUAGGCAGCAUAGUUAUGGCAGCUUUGAAAGCAAGGUAUCCUUAAUUUAAAGGCCUUCCUGCCUUGCCGGUCUUAGCUGUUGUCUCUCUGCUGACUUUAACAGGGUGAGCAUGAUCCCAGAUUUUGGGUUGAUAUAUUUGCCCAGUGGUGUCCUUGCCUUUUUCUGAAAAACAAAACAAAUUAAACAACCAAACUUGGCAUAGGGACGAGAGGCCUUGAUUUCCAACUUCAAGAAUAGCAAAGUUAAAGCCAUUGAAAUGGGAUAAGUUCAUCAGUACCAGGACUUCGUUAAGGUCGGAGGAGAGGUAACAGCCCGUGACCAUGGUAGAAUGACAUAAAAAGCUGAUAAAGAAAGGAGAGCUGACUAGCGAUAUUGGAGGGUUGUUGUUUUGUGACUCAAAAUGUGUUCAAUCCUUGGAGCUUCAUAAUGUUUCUUGAUGUUCGCCGGAAUCCUCAAAUGAACAUCUGCAUGUCCAUUCCAAGAAAUUAAAACAUGAUGAAAUGGCAAGAGAUUUAGGCAUUAUUGUAAAAAAACAGGUUUUCUUUUUCAUCCUGUAAACACUAAUACGGGCACUCAACAGAUGUCUUCAUCUUGGUUAAAUGACAGGUAGUGAUCUCUUAUUGGUGGUGAGAGGUGUACAUGGCUUUCAUUCUGGUUGAGCAAUAACACUAUCCUUCACAGGGGUAGCAGACUUAUCUGAAGUUAUGCAGCUUGUAAGUUGGAAGUGUAGUCAUGCCCCCUUGUAUCUGUUGUAUCGUUUUGUUAAGGUGAUCAACCCUGAUGGUGCCACGCCUUCUGUGAGGAUUAAAAGUCGCGGUACCCUGACAUGAUGUAGAUCACUGCGCCUUUCCAACCAGUGGGCAGGACUAUACCAUCAAUGGCUUAUAUUCUCAUUGAGAAGAAUCUCUGAUUGCCGGGUCACAUGCACAGGUUGGAUAAUAACAGACUACCAAAGCGGCUGUUAUACUCUCAACUCUGUUUAGGAAUGCGUAAUUAAGGGAGGCCUAGAUUAAGGUUCUAAGAUAUUGCUAAGAUAAACAUGAAAUGAAGAGACAUCAAUAUCAUUUGAUGGCAGGAGAGUGCCAACAACAGACCUACCUGGAGAAGAUUUAUCAAACUGUGCUGAAUCCUAGAACAGUCUUAGUCGAACCGACAGACCGUGAUGACGAUGACAGAAAUGUUCAUUCAAAAAAGCUUUUGUGUGUUAAGGAACAAGUUAAUAUUAGUUUAUUGCUAAAGUAUUUAUAAACAGCUCUUAUAUAUAGGACAGCAAGUGAGUUAGUCAAGGAGAUACAAAGUAUUAAGGCAUGUAGCGCACAAGUGUGCUUUAUGGGUUGGCAAAAACUGGUCUAAACGUAGAGACGGUUUUUGUUUUGAGAAUUGAGGAUUUGAAGAGAUUUAUUGGAGACAUAGUAGUAGUUUAGAUUACAUAGUUAAACAAGUAAUUGAGCAGUAAUGGCUGUGGGGUGCUGAUCUAUCAUUUUCCCAAACCAAUUGAUACAAUUGUGCAUGCACAUGAAUGUUGUUGAAUAGAUUACUGUUAAACUCAAACAACAAUGAUUACAAUAAGUUGAGGAUGCAAGUACCAGUAAUCUAUUCAACAACAUUCAUAUUCAUGCUCAGUUGUAUUUAGGUAUGGGAAAAUGAUUGAUCAGCGGACUUAGCCAAGGUGGGACAGCUUAGCUUAGGGGUAGUUAGUAAAUGUGACCCACAUGGUUUUCUAGGUGGGAGUGUAGGCAGUUCACCCCUGUAUGGCUCUGCUGAUCUCAGCAAGGAUCAAUGAUUUCCACGCAAAAUCAGUUUUUGUCAUCAGGAGUUAUGUAAUCACACGUGAAACCAUUUGACUAGCCAUGUUAAACCUGUUAAUUGGGUGUAUUUCACCCAUUAUAAAUGGUGUGAAUAGUAAUGACAGACUGACAAAAUGUUGACAACUGCUGUUGUUAAGGCACUUAAAAUUGAUAUUUUUAUUGAGUGAGCUAAUAAGAGCAAUUACACAGAUGGCCGCAUUUUGUUUUUCCAGGAUACACUAUCCCCUUCCUUUACCAUAUGUGGGAAAACCUGAUCCUGUCCAGCUACAAGAAACAAUUAGAAAACUAAGAGAAGAAAAUCAACAUCUUAAAGAACAGGUAAAGCUCUGACUGUGCACUUCCUUACAAACUACUCUCCUAAUGUCACAGUUAUCACAAGGAUUUCAAGUUGCCUGGUAUAUUCAAUUAGUACAGUGUAGGCGGGGAAUUGAACAGAUAGUAAGUUCUUUUGGUUCUGUUUCCCUUUUGUGUCAAUGAAAGUAGCCAGGUAUCAGGCUCAUUGGAGCCAGGUGGGAAUCCCUGGCCCCUUCUUUAUUAUUUAGCUAAACAUUUAAGAGAGCCAUGUCAUUUAAGUCAUAUUAGGCUAUAAAGGAAAUUGUUGCAUAGCUGGAAAUUUCUUCCCAACAGCGUGCGCUGUCAUUGGUUACUUCAAGGUCACAUGACAUUUAACAAUGAAACUGUUUCCUGUCAAAAUCUCUGAGCAGGCAACAUUGUAAAAUCUAUGAAGUCAGAUCAGAGAGUAACAGUGCACUGUUACCCGUGAAUGUUGACCGACAACUGCCAUUACAGCAAGGUUAAUGAGCCUCAAAAUUUCCAGCUAUACAAUAAUUUCCUAUAAUAGUCUAUUGAGAUUCUCAGGAAACAAAAUUAACUGUUUCCCUCGGGACCAGUCAUCAUGCUCUUUUUGUUAUUCUUGUUAUGCACCUGUAAAAACUCAUGGUACUCUUAUCCCCCUCUGCAGUUACAUGUGUGUAAGUGUCAAUGUAUUUAGCGUGCAGUUAGCCCACAUAGCGACCAUUUGUGAUUGAGUUAUUGUGUGAGAGUUAGAACAAGAGCAAAAAAUGGAGGAAGGGGUAUGGGAAUAAGAGGAAACAAUAUUUCCCACCAACCCCAUGAUUCUGAAAAAUUAAUGAGUUCACACACGAACGCAGCUUCUCAUCAGUACAGUGUGGCAAUGUUAAUUGAAAAGCGAUCAAUGUAGGAACCAGCAAUGUUGUGUUUGAAAAAAAGGGCAUUUAAUUUAAUGAUUCAAGCAUUCUCAAUUUUAUUAUAUUUGAUCAAAAAGUCUCAACUUUUAAAAAUUUCUUGAUAAACUGGAAGAAGCAAAACACAUGUUUAUUUUUUUGGAUCAGUCUAGUGAUUCAGACGAAGAUGAUAGCUAAAUUCUCUACUCCAUAUGUGAAGUCUUUGCAAAUCAACAUUCUUAUUUCACAACAGAAGAUACAGGAUGGAUUAAACCAUUAAAAUCAGUUAGUAAUCUGGGUAUUUGUCAAUACACUAUCCUGUGUACGUUUUUGUUUUUCAUGUUAAUCAUCUUUUUGCGUUAAUUUGAAGUUUCUAUAUGGGUAUUAAAUUUCGCAAGAAUUUUUAUUUAAUAAGGCUAAAACUGAAGAAGAUUGAAACAGAUUGCAAUUCUACAUUGUAGUUUUUGAAAUCUGCUUAGCCUAACAGUUUUUCAAAGUCUAUCUGCUGUUUGUAAGUUAAAAUAAUUGUUUAUUGCGCAGCUUUGGUGUUGUCAUUUACAAGUAUUUAACAUAGAGCAAGAGUAUUUAACAUAGAGUAAGAAGAAGGACUGCCAUGACAUGCCCCCUUCAAUAGUUCAAAAGAAGCAGUCUGUUCACUACAACAUGAUGACAACUAUGAGGAUGAGAUUUUCUUAAUACCAUUAAGUAGUGCGUGCUUGUAAACCAGCAUCAUUUCAGUUGAAAACUCAAAGCUUUUGUCAUUCUAAUGAAGGUUUUAGCAAGAAUGUCAUAGUGGUGGAAACAAGUUAUCAAAUAUCAGAUGUUUUAUCACUUUGCAAACAGGAGAGAAACUUUCCCUAGCUGUCUAUUUUCUUAGAAAAAUAUUAUGCAAAAACAUAUUUGUCUGCCUCUAUUAGCCCUAUUAUUAGACCACUAUUACAACAAAUGCUGCAGUUUCCUUUGCAUCUGUCUUUUAAAAAGGCAGGGUUCAAACAUGAUUUAUAUAUUAUAGUAUUAUUCUCACUCUUCCCCAUUCAGCUUAUAAAAGGUUCAAGAACUGCUGGACUGGUUCAUCUACAAAAAGAGUAAGUCAUUAUCGAGUUUCCUAGGAAUUGUUUUUAAAGCAUAAAGGUGCAGCAUAUCCAAGUUCAACUCACACUAUGAUGGUUUUUGUUUGCAACGAGUAGUGUGAAGGCAACACUUGACAUGAGAUUCCCGGCGGGGGGGGGACUCCCCAUAUGAAAGGGGUGUGGAUGCUCGUCGGAAAUUUUGAAUUAACCCCUAAGGGAGACCGAUCUGGGCAUGGCCCAAGGUUUUUGUGAACCCCUAAAAGAGACCAUGUUAAAACACAGACAAUAUAUAUCUAUUUUAUAUUUUUCACAUGCAACCCUAAACGAGACCUACAGAGCUAAAUAUGAAAGUGAAGAAUGAUCAUCGCAGUAAAUUUUCCAAUUUAAGCAACUGGAAAGAAGAAGUCUGAAAAAAAUCAGGGCUUCAACGGGAUUCGAACCCGUGACCUCCGCGUUACAGGUGCGUUGCUCUACCAACUGAGCUAUGAAGCCACACAUUGGGAGCGAGGUCAAUUUACUGAGUUCAUAUCUCCCGUGAGGAGUGAAAUGAUGUGAUGUAAAUAUGAAAUAAUUCAUUUUGAACUGUGGUUGUAGAUGAAAGUGAAGAAUGAUCAUCGCAGUAAAUUUUCCAAUUUAAGCAAUUGGAAAGAAGAAGCCUGAAAAAAAAAUUCAGGGCUUCAAUAUGAUGGCCUUUUUUCCCAGAACACCCUAAGUGAGACCAAAUUCCGAAAUUUACACCCCUAAGCGAGCUGAUGAGCAUCCCCACCCCUUUCAUAUGCGGAGUCCCCCCCGGGAUGAGAUUACUGUUAUAAAAGUAUACAAUUAAGAAAUGCAAAAAAAAAAAAAAAAUUAAAACAGUAAAAUAUGUAUUGAGCGUCCACAAUGUUAUUAUUUUUUUUUUUAAAAGUCAUGUGUAUGAUCAAAAAAUUAAAAUGUCUUAAAGUAGUUCAUGUAGUAUUCCUGUAGAUAAGUUUUAGGUUACUGUGAAUGCUUUUGGUUUUAGCUGAUACCAGAGAGAUGACCUUCACAUGUACAUAAUUUGUAGUUACAUAAUUGACACUAUAUGACACUAUGGUGAGCUGGCCACUAAACAGAGGUGGCUCAAAUCAUAAUAAUUUAAACUUACACUGAGAGGCAUAUAUACAAAAUUAGUUUGAGGGAUGCAUGGAUUUGUCCAAUUAUCCCUUCAUGUGAAAGCAGCUAACACAAGACAAUUUGGAAAGACAAUCUUAGAGAAUUUGUAGUCACGUGGGCUUUUGUGUCAAACACAUUCAAUUCAAACCAAGUAAUUUUCAGGAUGCAGCAAACUCACAGUUGUUUAAUAUUUGACUAAUGAAAAAACACUAACCAUGUAAAGUAAAAUUGUUAUGAAAGUCUGUUAUUUGAGCCUCAUCUUCAGAUUUAAUGCUGUCUAAGGAAAACCAGUAAGAAUAUUGGACAAGUGGACGGUUUUGUUUACUACCCUGCCUAGGCUUAGUUAUUUAUUGAUUUUUUUGGGUGCUAACCCAGUGUUGACAUUUUGACGAUUGGCUAGUGAACUUAUUUCUACCCUACUUACUUUUAAUGUAUUUUUUUUUUGUUGGUCAGAAAUGAAAAGUUGGUCAAGGAAAAACUGGAAACAGAAAAGCAGUUGGAGACAUUUCAGCGAGAGGUGAAACAUGUCUCCAAAGCAAAUACAGCUAAAGAAAUUAGAGUGUUAAAGAAAGUUGUACAGAAUCUGGAGGUAGGUACUGAGCGGCGGCAUCAUCACUUUCCUUGGAUACUUACGAAACCUCACUUUCAUUCUGCUUUUCCACAGAGUGAUCUUAUGAAGGAGAAAAGCAAAUUCCAGAGGACAAUCAACAAAAAAAAUGAGGAACAUAGGAAUUUACUGGAAGAGGUAAGUUGGACGGUGCAAUCCUUACAGAAUUUGACUAUUUAAUAUUGUCUACAAAUAAUCGAAUUUUGUGGUAGUUUUAAUGUGACAUUUACAAAAAUAGAAAUUUGUUGGAGUACUCAAUGCAGCAAAUUUACGUGGCAAACUUGCUUAUAUUUCAGAAAUGACUGUGAAAAGCAGAAUGCACCGUUGUGAUCAUACAUGUAUAAUGACCCUUAGUGUUGUUUCCAUAAGGACUCGUGUUCAUAUUAAACUUAUUAUUGCAUGUUUGCUUAGAUUUGCCCACAAUUAAUGGCUUACUUGACUUUCAAAACAUUACAAUUUUUCUCAUAAAAAGUAUCAGCUUUUUGUGACAUCACACAAUGGAAUAACUCUAAAGUUACAGCCUACGAUUCGACAGUAUAAGCAAAGUGAUUUCAAUAAAAUAAACAAAGCGACUCACAUGCAGGAAAUUAUUCAGGAUUUGGUGUCUAUUUUUUAAAUCGUUUUUCUUUAUAACGUUUUUCAACAAAAAACAGUAUACAGUCAAUACCGACGUAAACUCUGUAACACGGUUCGGCAAUACAAAAAUGUAAAAGGCGUGUAAACGAAAGCAAGAGGGCGCACACAUGUUUAAAAAGUUUUAACGCGUAUCGGAAAUGUAGGGGGAAGUCCAUUGUCACGGACUAAAGCAGCAUCAAGUUGCUUUUUAUUUCUGCUCAAUUACAAUUUGCUUUUAUAGCUGGAAGAAAUCCGUUCAAAUGAGAGAAAUUUAAGAGCAAGAUGUAGAAGCUUAACUAAUGAACUUGCACUGUUGAAGAGAGGGUAAGUUAGUAAUUUGUCAUCCGCCCUGUUCAGUGGUAACAUACAACAUGGUUUGAGGAGUAGUACCCAAUAAGGACAAAAAGUGGCUAUUUGGUGAUAGCACCAGUCACACUUAGUCUGAUGAUUACUCCUCGUUGUCGUUGUGUUCAGAAAAACCUGUUUAUAAGUUAAACAGUCCCACCCUUAGUUUACUUGCAUUUACAGUACACCGUCAGAAAAUCCUGCUGUCUAGCCAGUAGCUCUAUAAUUAUUAUUUGGAAUGAUCGAUGGAAUUCUACUUAUUCAAGUCGCCUUUAAGACCCAUUAUGCGACAAGAUAAAUGCGUCAAACAAGCGCCAGACCCAUUCUUCGUAGAUAAAAGCGAGCAGCCGAAGCAGAAGGAUUUAGCUAGAAUUUAUUAACGGUUAUUCUCUCGCUAAAUUCGAAUCUUUUUACGAAACUUCGUAACCUCCCGACCCGCAGUAAGAUCCCCUUGUAUGGCUUUGCGGUUUUAAAACGUACCCGCAACUGUUGGUUUCGUUGUUUUCAAAAUAAUGAUUAACUGUCAGUUAAAGAAAAGCCAUUAUUGCUGGCUACUUUGGUUCUUGUACCUAAUCUCACUCUUGAUUUAUCUAUUAUUUAUCUUUAGCCUGCGGGGAGCAGACGCUUUUUUCGGCUCUUGUUUCACCCGCAGGCUGAUCUUGAACAGGGGCAUUAUUCAUUUUCACGAAAUUUGCGUCUUCCAGAUUAAAUACAGUCGUUAACCGUUUUUAGGAGAACCCGCUUGCCUAUCCUUGCUUGCGAGCGACCAACCUCGUUGAUCAUUUUUAGGAGACCCUGUUAGCCGUAAUACAAAAUAUUAACAAGAAAUACUUUGAUUAACGUAGGUCUAGAGCGUCACCAGCCCAGGGUAGCAAUUCGGCUUCCAGAGCAAGUAGAGCUUCACGGCGUUCAGUUUCCAAGGAGAGAAGGCAACCCCCCAAACAGUCUUCAGGCAUGCGCAGUAGAACUCCUUCACCAGCAAGUAUGUACCAUCAGCUUUACAGGCAUAUGGUGUUUUGAAAGUUACUUUGUCCCUCUCAAAAAACCUUUUUACCGGAAUCCAAGCAUUUUGAAAAGGGAGCGGGAAAAGAGAUAGAUAUUGUAACGUACGCGUCACGCAUUAAAGUACCAGAAUCAUAAGAAACAAACAUUACCACCUGGAAAAGAAUGCAACCCUAAAAGUCCUCACAUACUCAGUCCCGCACCUACAGGUAAGAUUAUAUUGGCUAAUCUCCAACGAGCUCGCGGACAUCUAAUCAAAAUUUAGACCCAAGUGUAAUUAAAGUAAAUUGCUUUGGGGUUAGGUAACUUUUCGAGAAUAUACAUCCACUCUAUAAUGAAAUUUCUUGUUUUGCAGUUGGAAGAAUUCCACGGUUUGACCCCACUGCGUAUCCUUUUUCGAUGGAGUAAUCAUAAACAGUUGAUCUUUUCUCCUUAAGUGUUAUUAUUUACUUGAAAGUAUUCUGCAUUUGCACCUCUUUGUUUGAUGGUCCUUUCAAGAUUUCCAAAAAGAGGAAUUGAGAAACACUAACUCGCUGGACUGGGGGGGAACAGAUCAUCGCCCAAAACCUCGACAACGGAAGUGGGCUCUUUGUUUAGACGCAGGUGAUUCCUUUUGGGACCAGAAUGCCAACUGGAGCCUUCUUUUUUGUAUGGCCAUGCCUUUCCGCUCCUUAUCCGUUUUUCUGACUGCAUCCACUUGCAGCAAUUCCCUUGUAAACAACACAAAAUUAAGCAGGAAAGAUUGAACAAUCCUUCUUGAUUUAAUUGGCAGUCAAUAGUCAUUCUUUAAACAGACAAGCGAUAAAACAUUAGAGAGAUUAAGAUUCACGUUUACGCUAAACGGCACAGGUGAAUUUGUACCACGUGACCAAGUUUUCCCUUAAUUGUCGUUAACUGUUUAUUACUUCCUCUAAAAAAUAAGCAGUUUCACGCCAGUUUUAUACAUAAGAAUUGUUCUGGGGAGUUUUUAUCUGCUUAUUUUCUAUUCUGAGAAAUUCUCAAUUUGAAUCUGACGUUUGCCGUUUGGCGUAAACGUGAAUCUUAAUCCCUCUAUUCGGCUUUUGGUGUCUCCAAACCGGAGAUUUAAAAACAGCUUGUAAUUGCACUUACUUUGACGGUAAGCAGACACAUAGAGUCUUGUCAUUUUGUUAAGUGAAAUUGAACUCUGAUGCAAUAAAAAAAGCUUAAGCACAAGUGCAGGAACAUAAAAGAUCAAUUUUGUUCGUCUUGCUUGCCCUUGUGCUUACGCACGCGUCUUGGCCCGGUGAAACAAGUAUGGGACUGUUACCGUUGCGUUUGUGCAUGCGGUUUUGUAUGUGUUGCUUGCGACACAAUUAAAAUUUUCAACAUGACUGCAGAACUUCAGUUUGGCUUUAAAAAAGCGUCAAUGUCCUCUAUUCCAAUAUUCAAGAGUGCUGUUGUCUUAUGUGGCGCAUAUGUCCACCCAAUAAUUUGUGCCCGUGGCUUGACUUUUUGCACAAACCUGUUAAAUUUGUUAGUCUUCUUAUCAACAUUCUCUUGACAACAUUAAAAGAUAUGUCAAAGAAAAGCAAAGGAAGCAAAAAGAGAUGGAAGAAGCCAGAGGGUAUUUUACAGUGUUCAUUUAAAUUUAACAUACUGGUAUUGUAAUCAAGAUCACACUGAUUGUUGAUCCGCUUGCUGAUCUGUAAACUUGGUUUGAUUAAUAAGAAAUAGGGAAUCGUAUUCUGCUCAGUUUUCAGUGGAGAUUUUUUUAAAAUUGAAAGAGGUUGUUAACAAAUGAAGAAGUUACCGGUAAAAUUGAAACAAUAGUAACUGAGAGCGAAAUGUUUCCUUGAUUUAGGCCAAGGUGAUGCUGUCGUCAAAGAAAACCCGGACUCGUUCCCAGGUCUUGUCGGUCUCUCUUGAUUUGGGAAUACAGCAGAAUCACCGUGACGGUAACUUGAACUCUGAAGGGAAACGAAAAAGAGUUCUAGUUAGCGGGGUGCAAAAUUCACUUUGCCUUAGUAAAAAUUGAUAGUUACUGAUUUUUCAGCACUUCAAUGUUUAGUGUGGUGCAAAUUUAACAUACCGGUAUUUCAUCAGAAACGGUAACAUGAUUGGGCAUUUUUUAUGAUAACUGAAACGUGAUCUGUUCGCCGUACCAAUUAAAAUCAAAUUGAUGCUGUUGAUGCAGUGUUGACCAGUAUUAGCCUUCAGUGUUUUUACCGAUUAUACAAAAAGAGGAGCUCAUGGGAUGGCAUCCGAAUGGAGUUAUUCAAGUUAUCGGGAUAAAUUUCUGUGAAUUUUUGAUCAAGGGAAAUGAAAUUUAGUUUGCAUCGAGUUAUCCGAGUUCGAGUUAACCGAGUAAAAAUGACUGGAAGGUGGGGUGAAAUCCAAAGGAAAUUGAACUUAAAUCAAGUUAGCGGGAAGUUCGAGUUAUCAGAGUUUUACUGUAGUUACAUGUAUAGUUGUGGUAGUGGGUGGUUAUCAUAGUUUCUUAAAUAUGGCUAGCUUGUUCGUCAGUGACUAAUUUUUUCUGUGUAUUUCACGCAUUAGGCGAAAAAGGACACGUUUAAGUGGAUUAGGAAAACGAGGACGCUCCAGAUCACUGUCCGCUGAUCGUUUUUCUGCAGCAGCCAGCAGUUCUCAGGCCGCAACGGCAUGGUCAGGUGAGGUUACUGCAAACUUUUUCUGAGUUGAUGGCAAGUGGGUUAAGAGUCAGUGGGCUUCCAUACAUGUAAUUUACCUGAGGUUUCGUUGUUAAUAUCGUAGGUGACGAAUUACUCCUUAAUUUUGGCGCGAAAUUUCAGCGUUAAUUUGUAAUUUCACAUGUGAAAUUACAAAAUUGCCCUUCCGUACGUCUCAGUGUCAAGAUGGCGACGAAGUUUUAAAAUGCCGUGAAUGAAGAUGUCAGGGCACAAAAAGACUCUUUAGAAAACCUGAACACACAAGAGAACAUCAAGAGUGAUUUUGCCGAAAAAGCCUGAAAAAUUCUAAACUUUAUAAGCCACAUUUAAGGUCUAAACAUUUGAGAGAGUGGAGUUCUUGAUCGAUACGAUCCAGGAUAAACAUGGCUAAAAUCCAAGAUUGUUAAAGUAAUUCGUCACCCGUGAUAUUAAUAGGUAAUCAAAUGGUAUACUCGUGAAAUUAGGGAAUAAUUUCACGCGUGUUUUGUCCAAAUCCUAAUAAUUUCCCUCGCCUUUAAACGCGCGUGAAAUUAUUCCCUAAUUUCACUCGUCACGAUUUGAUUACACAUACUUAUUUUCUUCGUUGGCAGGUGGUAGAUUAAGAAGAACCUCGUCCAAUAGUAGCAUAGGCUCAAGACGUUCGUCGCAGUCUUCUGUAGGUGGAGACACGUCUGACCAUUCGCAAUCGAGACGAGUGAAAACCAGGUAAGUGGAAGGGGUCUUUUAGAUGUUAUCUAAAAGGAUAGUCUCUUCGUGCAACAAAAAAGCGCAGUUCUGCUUAUAAAACAUACGACCGAAACUGUAUUUUUUGUUGAUCGAGUCUUGACAAAGAAUGUCGACGCUUGCAGAGAUCCCACUGUUAAAACUGCUGGGUGUCCGAUGAAUAUAGUAUUUAUUAUAAUAAAUUAAGUAGCUAAAUUUAGACUUACUUAUUGGAGUUUUCUGUCCAUAAUGUUCUUGUGUUUGCCAUUUUUCAAGAAAUAAUGUGUUUCAUUCAGUAAAAUCUCUUUCCUACCAAGCUUCCUAUCACUGUCCCAUAUUUUACAAACGUACGUUGUUCUAGGCUUACCAACGGUUCAACAGGCAAGAGGAAGGCUGCUUCGAAGAAAACCUCGUGGUAUAGCCGUGAAGACUCAGAUAUGGUAUGACGUGGUUUCUUGGGGUAGCCUGGGAUUGAAGGGCAUUAUAAUUAAUCACCAAAACCAUCGGUAUAUCUGUUGUUUCUUGUGUUGUGUCCUGAUAUUGGUUUAUUGACUUGUGAAACUCCUUUUUUUCUCAGGAACGAGGAGCAGGGGUGAAAGUUGCGACAGUGCCGUAUCCUCUUUGUCAGAACGUCUUGUUGUUUCAGGGUGACAUGCUAUUAACCUUUCUUUUCUAUAGUUUGUUGGUGGACAAAGGAGUGUUUGUUUAUUGCAGGCCCAAUACAUUAAUUCUUUCCUGAACACAAAAGACGAAUUAUUUUAACAUUCAAAUUAUGUUGUGAUCCAGUCAAUUCCAAGACUGUUAAUAUCCCACGCAGGUUUUUUACAAAAACUUUACCGUGGCGCUUAAACUUGAGAUGUGCACAAAUAUCCCAAAUAUGAAAUUUGUUGCGGCACUUUUUCCGUACUAGGAAGUUUUAAUGUGAAUACGGUUUUCAGAUCCUUUGCACGUUGUCCACUUGUACUGGGCAUGCAGAGCAGUUUUUUAAGUGCAGGGGCCGAUCCACCUCUUUUGAAGUGUAGGGGGGUGGAUGUUACGGACUUAAAAAAUAGCUUACCUGGUGCUGACUCAAUAUUAUUUAGUACAGCUACAACUCAUCAAGCACUUAGUUUAACAAACUAGGAAAGAGUUGUAACAAAAAAACCUAUGUAAUUAUGUAUAGCAGCAGCAUAAUUUUCGCGUUUUUUAUCUACUUUAAAGUUUGUCCGUUCUCUCUUUGCGGCUGUUUAGAACUUCUUGAGUCAUUGUUGAAGGGAGCCAUGCUUUUAAAGGGACAGGUUCACGGUUAAGCGCAUGCUCAUAAAUUACAUUAUAUGCUUUUUUCCAAUUUAUUAUUAAUUCUAUCGGUUAAUAAUCCCACUCACAUGUAUCUCAGCGAUCUCAGAGUGUAUUUCAAAGUAGAAGUGUAUUUCAGAGUAACCUGAAGUGGGAUAGAGGAGUACUAAAAUCGCAGAAAAAAUUAGUGGAUUAUGCCAACACUACCAACGUUGAAUUUAUUAUUGACCUGAAGGUUUUACUCCAUGGUUGAUUAAUUUACAGCUAUGUUAAAAUAUUUAAGUUGAUCAACUGCAAUUUACUGCCAGAGGAGUGUGCAGAUUGGUUCUUUGACAACAUUAUGACAUGAUCAUAUUGCUUGAAUCGAUGAUACAGCAUGUCCCGGCACAAAAACAGCGUUUUGAUAAAUGAGCAUGCGUUGAACCGUGAACCUGUCCCUUUAACCUUCGAGCUGGCGAAAAAGACCUUCUGAUGCGAUAGAUAUAGAAUUUACCAGCAGAAGCCUGUGGAUCGUGACAAUUUCUUUAAUAAUGCUCCACUAAGGUUCUUGUAACUUCUUCAUUUUGCCUAGAAUGUCAUCGAGAUAUGUAAUAUCACUACUAUUGAUCAAAACUUUUAGAUUUCCAGAUAGACGUUAGUCUCUUUCUCAGCCGCUCGAGCAGCAGUCACUUAAUGCUCCCCGUGUGGGGACGGGGAACACUGCAUGUCUUCGGCCCGAGCGGCCGCAAAGGAGACUAGUUAGACUUCCGAACGCGUCAGAGGCUACAUCAUCAGUGCAUUUCGUUUUAAUCUUAGCUCCGUGGAGACGGAAAAGUUGUCCUCCUCUCAGGUGUCUCGUGGUUCGCGCUCGCUUCCAAAACCCGCCUUAGCGCCCUCAACAACGCCUAGUUUUCAGGCCUUUGCUCUUAAUAUGUUGUGGGAUAAACGGUGUUGAAUUUUACAUGAAGUACUUUCUCAGCUUUUGGUGAUGUUGCUGUCACCUAUGCAUUGCUGCUUUGUAUUCAUUUGUUCUUGACUAUCCUCUUGUGAAGUUUUAAUUACGCUUCCUUAACGUGUCUCACAGCUAUUCCAGCACGCCAGAAAACCGCCCGAUACUUGCUAGAGGACAUCACCUUCGAGGUUAGUCAGGCAAAUUUCUCGCUUUUUUGCAACAGUUACCGUGAAACUCACAAAAUUGUGUGCACCAGAAAUAUUUGUGGUAUGUUAUUAUGUUACAAGGGGAAAGCCAAUCAGGCAUGAGAAAACUAAAACCGCAAGCGGCAACGGUGUUAAGUUUGUGGCUUGCUCGCAUUUUUCUGGGUGCAUGUUCUGGGUUUAGAUUUUCAAAUCCGGAUUCGGAUUUGCAAUAAAACGGGCAAUCCAAGGACGGGUUUGAUAGCCAAGAAAUCUCCCCUUAGGUUUCUUUCUUUCCGUUUUAUUGAGAAACUCGAAAAAGGAUUUGAAAAACUGUUCUCCAGAACAGCGGUCGUGCACCUACACGCAUAAUUAGCAGAAAUGAGACCACCGUUCUCGAGAACAGUUUUGCAAAUCCUUUUUCGGAUUUUCCAAUAAAACGUUAAAGAAGGAACUAAGUGAAAAUCAAACGCAAAAUCCGAAAUCCGAGCUUCAAACUCGAAAUCCAGAUUUCCCAAUCGAACGCACCCCUGAUCGUCGCUAUGAUUGGUCGUAACGGCAAAUAUUCGUGAAAUAUUUCGGUUGUUUACCGUGUAAUAAGUAAUACAGUAAUGAUGGUAAUAAAAUACAUUGUACUUUUGUAGAUAUUGGGAAUGAGUCUCUUAAUCGAUCAGCAGAGAUGAUGGAAAUCGACGCACGGCUGAGUGCGCUGCAGAAGUUCAUGAAAGAGAACAUGCCUUAACGCCGCCGCAGUGAAGCUGCUGCUGAGCUAGCAAGAGAGGGUCUACUCCACCGAACGAGCUAUUAUCAUUUUAUUUGUAUAUAGGAUAAACUCA